UUAAUGUUUAGAGGGUUGCUUCUUCUUUUUUUUUUAAAGUUCAGGGUUCUUUACAUGUUUUUGGAAAAUAUAAGGGUUUCUUUACCCAUUUUCUUUAAAACAAGAGAGGCUACUGUGGACAACUAUAAUUAGACCUAUUUAGGUCAUCAAUGGCCCAUUAGACCUAGAUGGGUUUGUCUGGAAAUUACAGAAAAAAAAUUGUUGGUGUAUGCUCCUCGUAAUAUCAUCUUAUCUACAAGAAGGUUAUAUGCCACAAAAAUACAAAAAAGUGUGCCAAGAAACCAAAAUGGAGAGCUCGCUGCAGAAGCAGUUUUUCAACAACGGAGAUAAGCUCUUCAAUUCUCGACAAAAUCGAUGGGUUUGGAUAAAAAAAUUUCAAGUAACAGAUUCUCUUCUCGUAAACUCAACAAACCUGUUUCAUAAUCCUACAAAUUGUCCAAUGUUGUCCAUUAUCCCUACAAGAAAGAGCAAAAACAAUUUAAGAGUUUGUGCAAUAAGGAGAAGAAGAGUGCACUCGAAUUCAGAUACGUACGUACUAUUAGAGGCAGGACAAGAUGAACAGUUUGUGUCCGAAGACGAACUCAAGGCUAAGCUCAAAGGCUGGCUCGAGAAUUGGCCGGCAGAGUAUUUGCCACCAGACCUGGCUAGGUUCGAUGACCUCGAUGAAGCCGUUGAUUUCUUGGUUAAAGCUGUAUGUGAACUUGAGAUAUACGGAGAAGUGGGUUCUGUUCAAUGGUAUCAAGUUCGCCUUGAGUAAUUAAAUGAGAUAAACGUAAUGUCUUUUUCUUGUAUACUGACUGAACAUAUGGUCGGUUUCCCGUUAGCAAUUUGUUUCGUUCUUUAAUACGUAAUUGCCAACUAUCAUCUACCUAUUAAUUGAGAAUGUAAUUUAAUGAAAAAUAUUGAUUUGUUUUAAUUUGAUUGGUCAAAAUCUUUUCUCUAUCCUAA